UUCUGUCUAUAGCUGGGUGGGGUGCCAAGAGCCGACAUAGAGCUGAAUGGCGUUACUAGCUAAUAACCGAUAAUUGGUAAACAGAUUAUGAGCACGGAGCACUACCAUAUAGAGCGAUUUUCAAUCGAGUGUCGUAAAACCAAGACCGAAGUAAUCACUCCAACCAAUCAGUUAGGAAACAGACAGUCCAAUGAACCAAUCAAAACCUGUAGUAAACUGGAUAUAUGUAGCGGACACAAAGUGCGAGAAAACGUGUGUGAGCGAAUACUGUUGCAAUUGGUUUUGGUUUAACUUCUUACUAGAUGAAAAAGAGGCGAAGUAUCUUUAGGUGAUCGUGCAGCGUAGCAAUGCAAAACCAAUUACUUUUCGACACUAAAGCGAAAACAGCUCUGUAGAAAUAGAAAUCAGAUCAUUAACGCUGCGUUGUAUUCCUCUUCUGCUGAUCAGUACCUGAAGAGCGUUACUCGUAGUAAGGAAAUGGCUACCCCAUACCGGGCUCUAUUCUUUUACCAGCCUUGACGUUCCGUACGAUAUUCAUAGGUUUAUUUCAGUAGAUAGAAUAACAACAGCGAUAAUUUUCUGCUCUCGAGGUUAUUUCUCAGUUAGCUGAGUAUUUAAAGGCAUGUAAGCUUUAAGUAAAGGGGAACUUCCGUCGGUUGUACUCGAGGUUUGUAUAAUAGCAUUGUUCUCUCCUAACACCAUAAUCUCCGCCCAAAAUCAAAUUACUUCUAAGUUACCAUUACUUAAGAGAUCUGUUGAAUAUGGAAUUUUUGCACUACAUAUUACCUGGAAAAAUAUGAUAAACAGUGGAUUGUUUUGCAAUGUAAGUUUCUGGUUCCUGCUGUUUGCACUAAUUUUGAGCUUGCAAUUUCUUGGUUCUUAGUUUCUUUAAUAAUUUAAUUCCACCAUUGAGUGGUUUUCAAUUGAACUUCAUAAAACCAAAACCAAAUUAAUCACUAAUCACAAUGGACACAGACAAUCCAAUAACCAAUUAAAACCAGACGAGUAAAAACAUUCGUGUAGCUGACAGGAAGCGCAGGAAAACGUGUGCGACCGAGCGAAUUACGAUUGGGUGGUUUUGAGUGGCCAGAAAACUUGUUAGUCGAAGAUACUGUGGGAGUGUAAAGGUUAGUGAAGGAAUGCAAACAAAAAACGAGAAGUAAAGUAAUAUUAGGGGUGACCUGAGGGUUAAACUUCUAUAUUUAGGGGAGUGGUUUAAAGUAUGGCAUAGCCUUACAAAGAGCUCUUGUUAGGGAUUACUUUGUGGGUUAAGCUAAGGGUAGGUAUGGAGUGAAAUGCCAUGAUAGCUUUUAGUUGGUCACAGUUACUGGCAGAGUUUUAAGUGGCCGGCUCAGGUUAAGAAUUAUAUGUAAAAAAAAAUAAUGAACGUCUACCUUCAACAAAAUUAUAGCUUACUUCGAGUAAUUAAUGUUUUCCAAUUCGAAAUGUUAACGAGAGAGCCAAACGUUAUAAGCCUUAUGGCUCCUGGUUCCUUGACAUCCCUUUUAUAUUAUUUUGUGUAUUCCAUCUAACAAUUCUAUUGUCACUGUCAUUGUUCGAUGUUGUGAAAAUAUACUGAAUGAAAAUGAAAUGAAAGAAACCUCUUGUAAAGACGCGGACAAUUCUUCCUCAGCUGAACUAGUUUUGACCAUCGAUAGCAACAAUGAGAACAAUGCUAAACAAGAUGUUUGAUUGGUCCAAUAGCUUUGCAGAUACCUUGUACAACUGGAUUCAUGCAAAUCGUGGUUCGUCUACAAAGCAACACGGCGAAACGCAACCUCGUUCCCAGGCUCCCUCUCCUCUGCACCCCUUGGUCGUUGGAAUAAAUACCCUGGUUGCGGCUGCUCACGUGACCACACAGAAUCUGGGUGGUAAAGAAAUCUGUUGGGCGGGAGGGGUGGCAGAGUGUUUUGAUUGUUGCUGUGACAAACUUUGAAAGUUUCAAGACCUGGAUCAGUCGCUUACAACUACCCGCUUUAUCUAGGUUCCAGUCGAAUUUUGCCGAUGAAGAAUGCCACAUUAUUAUUUCUGCCGUCUCCCAAAUAUAGAAGACUUAUGUUACAAAGAAAUUCGGCAGCUAAAUGGAGCUCAAACCUUUCGACGGUUAGCACAUGUAAAACGUCACGUAAUGAAUCGAAGUAAAACCAGUGGAUCAGUCUCUUGAAUCUUUGAAUUCGGAGGUAAUUUAUGUUCUUCUUUGUGCGGUAUUUUGGAUGUUAAAAAGUAUUUGUGUCACACGGCCGAUUAGCCGAGUAUUUUAACUUGCAUUUGAUUUACAGCAAUGUAAUUUGAUUUACAGUUUUGUUGACCAAAGCCCAUGCUUAUAUUUCAUUUGCAUCAGGUUUAUGUAAGUUUAUUUUAGACCGAUGUUUAAACACGGUUCCUUGGCAUCGUCAAGAAUGAUAUUUUGCAAAAUGGUAAGUAAAACAUCGUUUUAUAUAGCGAACAAUGUGCCGUGAGGUUAAUUCAGGAAACAUGAAACAGUAAUUAGUAAUUCGACCACCUGGAAAUGAAAUCAGAAUGAUACUUCAAUACUAUAAAUAUACCUGUGUGAAGCUUAGAAUAGGACUGGGAAUUUCAAAGGUGUAUUUGCCCGUGUAUGAUUUAAAGCGAUGACAAGCAAUCCCCUUUCUCUCGCUUCAGUUGAGAUCGGCAAAAAUUAUUCGUUGGCUCUACCCCGGUGGAAAAGUUUGUGUCACAGGUGUGCACAUGAACAGCUGCAAUAGGGUCUUUCUCCCAACGACCAAGCGAGACAGAGGGGAGAGAGGCUGGGAACGAGUUUGGGUGAAACGAUUAAAAUUUCGUUUUUUUCUAUUCUUACCUCUUAACCGCAUCUCUAAAACUUUAAACUCUCAUCUUUAAAAAUUUAAAGAUUUUAUUUCUCUCUCGGGAACCGUCCGCGGGAAAAAAAACAAUCAUUUUGAAAUGGACGUUUCUGAUAUUUUUGGGUCGCACUGCUCCUUGAGCUAGACUUGUCGUGACAAUAACGUGAAACGUCAAAUAUCAUGGUAAACAUUCGCCGGAAAUUAGGAACAUCAGGAAUAUUAAUUGAGAGCGAUAAAUUGCUGCCAUGUUUGAAAAAAAUCAUUCAGUCAUUUUCAGGGUCAAAAAAGCUACUUUAGAUGGGACUAAACUGCUUAACUCUUGCACCCUAAUGAGUGUUCUACGGCUUCAAUACUAGGAAUUUCAAAGGCCUGACUCUAUUUUUAUCUCAUAAAAAACGACUCACAAAGUUUUACUGACGUUUUGCAAUUUCAGUGCUGUUUUUGCGCAAUUUCCCUCCAACAAAGGCUUUUUACUGCGCGUUUAGUGCAAGGACUUGUACAAAAUUUCAGUGGGAAGUAAUGAUUUUAAGUACUCAAUAAUAUUCUUGCCACCAGUAUCCAUUUCCUUGAGGAACGCAGAGGCCAAUACCGAGCGGGCAAGACUGAUCCUCUCCGUUCAGCGAAUCACACCGCAGGAUUUGGUUCAUCAUGCCCGGGCUUACGUAAGGUCCGUAGGGUGGGCAAACUGUGAAAACCUUGUGCUGGCUUACGUGUUUAUCAACGAUCAAACAGUCCGGCCGCGUUUCACGUGCAAUGAUAAGUGAAUUAAUUAUCGCUUCAUGCUUGAAGGAGUAACAAAGAAACUGACAUAUUAAUGUGGAAGGGAUUUAAGCCCAACAUGCAUUGACCUGUGGUUUCAGUGAACAAGAUAAUUAAAAAUGUGUUCCAUUGUCAGCAGCGCACGUGGCAGCUUCGUCAGUUAAGAAAACCUCAAACUCGGAUAAUGAAAUGGAAAAAACGUUUCCACCAAACUGGUCCAAAAAUAUGUCACCAACCGAAAGCGAAGUCAAUUUUCCGAUGGAUUACACUGUCACAGAAACUGCUAUUGCCGCCGCUACCUUGCUGAUAAUAAUGAUUACAUGUUUAGCGGGAAAUGCCGUUAUUUGCUACGUAGUUCUUCGCAACAGACGAAUGUGGACAGAAAUGAACAUGUUCUUGGUGAAUCUUGCCAUUGGUGAUAUUGCUAUGGCUUUACUGUCGAUGACGACUCCGCUAAAGACAGCCAUCACCAGGCAGUGGACAUAUCCCCCAGCCGGGUACGUCUGUCAACUGAACGCUUUCUGUAGUUCCGUUUUGAUCUGCAAUACAAUAUUUACUCACACUGCUAUCUCAGUAGACAGGUUUUUCGCCGUGGUAAAACCGAUGAAGAAAAUUAUGACAAGAAAAAAGGCCUUCUCUUCCAUUUUGGGUAUAUGGUUACUUUCAGUUGCCGUUUCUCUUGGGCCUAUAUUAGGCUGGGGUCGCAACGAUUACAACGCUUCAACACUACAGUGCGGUUUUGGAUUCCCUGAGAACAGAAUCGAAGUGUUGUAUAUGAUAUUCCUCGCGGUUAUCGCAUUUCUCCUACCCAUCAUCAUAAUGAGUUACACAUAUAUAAGAAUUUAUCUAGUCGUGCGCCAUCAUACAAGAAGAAUGUCAUCUUCAACAUUCGGUAAUAAUCCUAAAGACUUCGCAAAAAAGCAGCAAAGGAUUGUCUUAACGUUUUUCCUCGCCUUGAUAGCAUUUAUUAUCUGCUGGAUGCCGUUUUUUGUGUUUAUCGCGAUUGCUGCGUCAAUUUCCUCGCGGGAUGAAUUACCGCAUGGCUUAGGAUUAGCGGCUUACUGGUGUGGCUUCCUAAACUGCUCCAUAAAUCCUUACUUGAUUGGUCUAAGAAGUGAGCGAUUUCACGAAACAUUCGCACAUGUUUUUUGUUGUCGUUUUUGCUACUGCAAACGGGCUACUGGACGAAGAACUGAGGGAAGAUAUUCUUCCGACAAAACACUUUGCGCUGAAACAAAGAAUCGUACGCUAAUACACCAGACCAGUACACCUUCGCAGCAGAGUACUGGUCAUGUACAAUCAUUCCUGAACCCUAUAGCUAUCAUAAACACAAGUCAAGAAACUAUCGUCAUUCCUUCUCGCGACAAAUGGAAUGAUAACACGAAGCCAAGAAGAUCAUGGAGACAAGAAAACAUGGUAGGAGUUGUUUACCCGAAUUUUAUUCACAUGGUUGACGGAAAGUUGUGGAGUGAAGCCACAGUUUAAAUAAAUGGGCCGGUAUCAACAUGAAGUCCAUGUAGCUUUUGCAAGGCAUAAAAUGUCGUUCAAGUCAUGGAAACCUCAAAUAAUUCGCCAGAGUCGAAACGAGAAAAAAAGUAAUUGAGAAGAAACAAAGAUGUUAACGAAUGAGGCAGACUGAGACAUGUAGGUACUGUAACUGACAAACUAACUUGAAACAUUUAGGGUAUCAUUCAAGAUGUGUCAUCCCUGAGAGAGCUUCUUGAACCUUCCCAUUGGCGCUUGUCAAUUUUGACGAUAACUGUCAUGUUUGUGAGUUAUUAGCGGAUUUCUUGUAAUUCGCUCCCACGGUCAUUGUUUGUUUUGUUUUGUUCUUGGGUGGUUUGUAUGCAUCAUAUCGUUCAGUCAACUAUCCUAGUUAAACUCUGGUGUUCCUAACAUAAGUGCAAAAUUCCAGAUUGGUCGUUAAUAACAGUAGAUUUUCAUGCAAAAUAUGAACUGCGGGUGUAAUGAAACUGGUCCAAAUCGUCACGAAUAUGAUAAAAUAUUCGCCGUGUUAGCGUGUUGUUUCAGUUGGCUGCCCUUGUGUGUUCCAAAUACACACGUAUUGUAUAGGUUUGUGGCACAUAAUUAUCAUAGCGUUUGGUGCAUGGCUGCGUUCGUGCGUCAUAAGCCCUUGACAAGCCAUCGUCAGGCAUCACGUUAAAUGGUUGUGAUCAUAUUGUUCCAUGUGAUCAAAUUUCUUAACUACGAUUAGUUUUUUAAACGCUAUAGGGUGAUUCAAGUGGUGGAAGCGAUCAACUACUUUUCAGAACAAACUACUCGCCCCAAAUGCAUUACUGAUUCCUUCUUAGACUUCAUUUCAUCCACUCCCAAGACAAACAAGUGUGAUGCAAGUGUAAAAAAAAGUAAACAGAAAUAUACAUAAGAUUCCGGUAUUUGCAGUCUCAACUGGAUACGAGAUAUCUAUAUGGUUGCGUUUUUUGGGGGUGAUCUGGAUCACGAUCGUAGUCCAAGAUCAUUCGGAUCAUGGUGCAUCAAAGGAACCGAUGAGUCUACUCUGGUCAAGGAUUCAUCUGCUCCUUUUAAGCACCAUGAUCUGAGUGGUAUUGGAUCACUGAUCACUGAUCCAGAUCACCCAAAAGGAAAACACACUCAUAUGUAGAGCACAAUUCGCGAUAUUCACAAUUUUGAUUUCCUUGAUUUAUACCAUUCACGUAUUCUCGGAAAUGCGCAUUAAGUGGGAAAUUACGUAGCUGACGGUUAGGACGGCACAGGUCGAUGAGGUCCAUGCAUCAUAACAGAGAGCCAAACAAUGAUUCCUGUUACCUCCUACUCAGCCAACAAGAAACUGAAAAUUUUAAUUCCUCUUCUAAGUUUGAUUUAGUUAAAAGUUCUGAAAAUGUUGAGUUUUAAACCCGUGUCGCACGAACAGCGUUCAAUACAUUCGGCUCAAAUUCUUCUGGACAGUUAAUCGUGCUUUUUUCAAUCAGUAUUCAGAGCUGUUUUGGGGGGUUGACCAGACACUGAAUCGUGCAUGCUAAUCAAAUGUUAUUAUGUCACUGGAGUUACGAUCAAAGAAUUAACGGUAUGAUCUUUGAUUUCUAACAUGCAUAUACUCUGUGGUGUUUUCUUGACAAAGCAAGCGAGGACUGUGUGAAGAUAAGUAAUGUUGAAGGAAACACCUUUUUUGCUAUUAAGGAAACAUUUUUUUGCUAUCAAGUAACCACCUAAAAAAGAGACUACGAUCUAUGGUCUAUGAUCUAUCAUCAUAGUUUCUUGGUGUGAAUAAAUAGUUUUGAAGUAAAGUUCCGAAAAUAACCAUAA